AUGUCCGUCGCGUCCGCGGCGGCCGCAGCUUCCCUGGUCGCCCCAUCCUCGCUCUCCGUCCCGGACCACCUCCGCCUCCGCCUCUUCCGCCUCCACCCCCGGCCCCCGCCUCCUCCACUCCCGUGCUUCCGCCGGCGAUCGCGGGCCUGCCUCGUGCGCACCGUCCUCGAGGACCGCGCGCCCCCGCCGGCCGAGGAGGACGCCAAGCGCUACGGGCUCAACGGGAAGGGGAGCGGGCUCGGAUACGACGAUGCCGCCGUCCAAGCGUACCUCGGAAGCAACGGCAACGGCAACGGCGACGGCGACGGGAGCGCCAGCGGUAACGGCGCGGCGGUGAAGCAGGAGCCCGUGAGCAGCGUGGCCGUGGUCCCGGUCCCGGUCCCGCCGGCGGAGGAUGAGAGGAGGAGGAAGGAGAGGGUGGAGGAGAUCGGCAGGGAGGAUGCCUGGUUCAAGCAGAGCAGCGGAGAGGUCGCUGUUGCUCCUGGUGGUCGCUGGAAUCGGUUUAAAACCUAUUCAACAAUUCAAAGAACAUUUGAAAUAUGGGGGUUCGUUUUUACAUUUAUAUUCAAGACUUGGCUCAACAACCAAAAGUUCACCUACAGAGGGGGGAUGACUGAGGAGAAAAAGAUAAUGAGGAGGAAAGUUCUUGCCAAGUGGCUAAAGGAGAGUCUUUUGAGAUUAGGCCCCACAUUCAUCAAAAUAGGGCAACAAUUCUCCACCAGAGUGGACAUUCUCCCACAGGAAUAUGUGGAUCAACUAUCGGAGUUACAGGAUCAAGUUCCUCCAUUUCCUUCCAAGACAGCUGUAAAAAUUGUCGAAGAAGAGCUGGGGGCAUCUGUAAAUGAGAUAUUUGAUCGAUUUGAUUUUGAACCAAUAGCUGCUGCUAGCCUCGGCCAGGUUCAUCGGGCACGUCUGAAUGGCCAAGAGGUUGUGAUCAAAGUGCAACGGCCUGGUCUGAAGGAUCUGUUCGAUAUUGAUCUGAAGAAUUUAAGGGUAAUAGCUGAAUACCUUCAGAAAGUGGAUCCAAAGUCAGAUGGCGCCAAGAGAGACUGGGUUGCUAUUUACGAUGAGUGUGCAUCUGUUUUAUAUCAGGAAAUAGACUAUACGAAAGAAGCAUUUAAUGCUGAAAAAUUUGCUGAGAACUUCAAAAAAUUGGAAUAUGUGAAGGUUCCUGAAAUUUACUGGGAGUACACUACACCUCAGGUUUUAACAAUGGAAUAUGUCCCAGGAAUUAAAAUUAACAGAAUAAAGCAGUUAGAUAAGUUAGGAGUCGAUAGAAAAAGAUUAGGCCGUUAUGCUGUUGAGUCCUACCUUGAGCAGAUCUUGUCCCAUGGAUUUUUCCAUGCUGACCCGCAUCCAGGAAACAUUGCUGUUGAUGAUGUCAAUGGAGGGAGACUUAUCUUCUAUGACUUUGGGAUGAUGGGAAGUAUCAGUCAAAAUAUUCGGGGAGGAUUGCUUGAAGUAUUCUAUGGAGUUUAUGAAAAGGAUCCUGACAAAGUGCUUAAAGCAAUGGUUCAAAUGGGUGUCCUUGUUCCUACUGGAGAUAUGACUGCUGUCAGAAGAACAGCUCAAUUUUUCCUUAAUAGCUUUGAAGAGCGUCUAGCAGCACAACGGAAGGAGAGAGAGAUGGCAACUGCAGAACUGGGAUUUAAAAAGCAAUUAACUAAGGAGGGGAAGUUUGAAAAGAGGAAGCAGAGACUUGCUGCAAUUGGAGAGGAUCUUUUGGCGAUUGCGGCUGAUCAACCAUUUCGCUUCCCUGCCACAUUUACAUUAGUGGUCAGAGCAUUCUCAGUUCUAGAUGGUAUUGGGAAAGGCCUUGAUCCUAGGUUUGAUAUUACAGAGAUUGCUAAGCCAUAUGCCAAGGAAUUGCUAAGAUUUAAUGAAGCUGGUGUUGAAGUAGUUGUGAAGGAUGCAAAGAAGAGAUGGGAAAGGCAGUCCCGUGCCUUUUACAAUUUGUUCCGCCAACCCGACAGAGUUGAAAAGGUCGCACAAAUUAUUGAACGUUUGGAGCAAGGUGAACUCAAGCUUCGUGUCAGAACACUGGAAUCGGAAAGAGCAUUUCAAAGAGUUGCCGCUGUACAGAAAACAAUUGGAUAUGGAGUUGCUGCAGGUAGUUUGGUGAACCUUGCAACAAUGUUGUACUUCAAUUCAAUCCGGGGACCAGCAACCAUUGCAUACUCCCUCUGCGCAUUCUUCGGGCUGCAAAUUCUGAUCGGGCUUGUCAAGGUUAAGAAGUUGGAUCGGCAGGAGAGACUUAUAACCGGCACUGCCUGA